CAGAGUCUGUUCUGGGAGUGAAGCUUUUUGAUCUGAAACAGAAGUGUUGAAUCUAGUUACAAUAUUAGUCAACUGAAAGUGAAACUUUGACAGAGGGUUUGGAAAGUAACUCGGUAAAUGGCGUCUAAACCUUUUUCUGAUGAGGAUUUCUCUUGUUCUGUGUGCUGCGACAUUUAUAAGGAUCCUGUUCUCCUGUCCUGCAGUCACACUGUGUGUAAAGAGUGUAUUCAGAAGUUUUGGGAAAUCAAAACAACCAAAGAAUGUCCAGUUUGCAGAAGAAGAUUGACAGUAGAUUACUCUCCACCAUUAAAUUUGGCUCUGAGGAAUCUAUGUGAGACUUUCUUACAGGACAGAAGUAAACGAUCUUCAUCAGGAUGUGAAACGAUCUGCAGUCUUCAUGAAGAGAAACUCAAACUCUUCUGUCUCGAUGAUCAACAGCUGGUGUGUUUGGUGUGUCGAGAUUCUAGAACACACACAAAUCACAAAUUUUGUCCUGUAGAUGAAGCUGUCAUUGAUAAUAAGGAGAAACUCAAAACUGCUCUAAAACCCUUACAGGAGAAACUGAGAACAUUACAGGAGUUUAAACAGAAUUUGGAUCAAACUGCAGAACACAUUAAGUUUCAAGUUCGACACACAGAGAGGAAGAUUAAUGAGGAGUUUAAGAAACUUCACCAGUUUCUACAUGAUGAAGAGGCAGCCAGAAUAACAGCACUGAGAGAGGAAGAGGAGCAGAAGAGUCAGAUGAUGAAGGAGAAGAUUGAGAAGAUGAGCAGACAGAUUUUAUCUCUUUCACACACAAUCAGAGUCAUAGAGGAGCAGAUGACAGCUGAAGAUCUUUCAUUCCUACAGAACUUUAAGAGCACAAUGAGAAGAACCCCGUGUACACCAGCAGAUCCAGAGAACAUUUCAGGAGUUCUGAUCAAUGUCCCAAAACAUCUGAGCAACCUGAAGUUCACUGUGAUACAGAAGAUGCAGGAAAAUGUUGAAUACACUCCAGUGACUUUGGACCCCAACACUGCUCACUGUAAUCUCAUCGUGUCUGAUGAUCUGAUCAGUGUGAGAUUCAGUGAAGAGAAACAGCUGCUUCCUGAUAAUACAGAGAGAUUUGAUAGGUAUACAUGUGUUCUGGGUUCAGAGGGCUUUAACUCAGGGAUUCACUGUUGGGAUGUUCAAGUCGGGAACAGUAUAGCCUGGUUCCUGGGUGUGAUGACAGAAUCUGCUCAGAGAAAGAAUAACAUUUUGUCCAGGAGUGGACUCUGGUGUGUGGUGUUUGCUGAUGGUAAAUAUGGUGCAUUCAUUACGCCUUAUCAAGCAGAUUCUGUCCCAGUGCCAGAGAAACUCCAGAGAAUCAGAGUUCAUCUGGACUGUGACGGAGGAAAACUGUCAUUUUCUGAUCCUCUCACUAACACACACAUACACACUUUCACACACACAUUUACUGAGAGAGUUUUUCCAUGGUUUUGUGUUUGCUGCAACAUUUCUCCUCUGUUGAUCUUACCUGUUCACUCUGAUAAAAAGGCCUAAGAAUGAAGUUUGAGAUUAAAUUGUUUGUGUUUAUAAAAGUUAUGAGUUGGUGUAGUACAUCUCAGUUACUCGUAUAACCUUGGUUCCCUGAAAGGAGGGAAUGAGAUGCGAACCGUUUGGGAGGAGAUGCCAUAUACGGAGCAUUGGAGGUGUGCAAGGCUUAAGCUGGCAACGAAGCCUCUUCAAAAUCUCCAUACUCUGUAUCCCUUUCUCGUGCCCCUCCUUCGUGUGGUCCCUUGGGAGACACAGAAAGAGCAAAGUGGGAGAGAGAGAGAUUGGCGCAAUGUCCUGAGCUUUAUGUGUUCACAAUAAACACAAUCAGACACCAACAUGAGCUCACCCCAACCAGAAAAGACAGCACUUUUGCCCCCCAAUAAUCAAAACAAUAUUUAUACCACGAUCAAUGGAAAGAUGUAAAUGCCUCACGCUGCAGCCCCCCCAAUUUUCAAGCCAAAUCUACGCCCUUGCGGGGAUGUAUCGAUCACAUGGUGGUGUUACAUCCUGCCCCAAUCUAGAGUUGGGGAGGAGUAACAAAAAGGUAUGGGAUUUCCCUUCUUAUUUCAAUUCUACUAUUUACAAUAGUUACAACAGUUUCUAAAUAGAAAAAAUUAAGUGUUCAACAACAAUGAAAGACUGGAAUCACCUACAGUCAAAUGUAACAAGUGGAAAACACCUCAGAAACAUUUAAAAAGACGUGUUUUAGCAAACAUACUCUUUUAGUUUUCUUCAAUUUGCUCUUUCUGGAGUGCAAAGUGAACAUACUGCAACAACGAAAUGCGUUCGAAGCGGUGCUUCUUUGCCGGCGCACACAGGCAGGCUGCCCUAAAAAGGAAAACUGUGACGUUUGAAGCUUGGCUCUGACUUAUACAGUAUACUCGCGAUGACGUCAGCAUAGCUUCAUCAGCCAAUCAAAUUGGCGUGAUGAUAUAGGGUUUCAAAGUCCCGCCCCCUUACGGGUUUUCCCAUAGCGUCAGCGUCUGACACAGCGUCGAAGUGACCUUCAUGAAAGGGAACACAGGUUACUCAAAUUUAACACAAAGUUAGAUUUACUGCUGGUCAAAACAUGGAUGCAUAUUCAGUCUUAUAUAUUGAAUAAACUGUUUAACUGUUUUAUAAUAAUAUUUUUAUACAUAUUAUGUAGAGCUGUUUGAGCUGGUAAAUGUGUUAAUGAUGUGAUGACGCUUCCUGCUGGCUUUAUACAACACUGCAGUGAAGAGGACAUAUUAUAAACAAAAAUCACCAGUGAAUCUUCACACUAUUCUCAUCAAAUCUUCUCAAAACCUGAGUAAUCAUUCACAGACUAUAUAAGAAUGUAUAAGUAUAUAUACUGUAUAAAGAAAAUUACUUAACCUUUUCAUUUUUAUCUUGUUCUAUUUUAUAAGUCAUUAUUAUCAUUUUUCACAGCAUUCAUACAUACUGACAUGUUUCACAGGGGAACAGAGAUCCAGCUUAGAUACUGUAUAAAAAAUUAGCUGAAAUACUCACUUAGUUAAAGAAUGAAAUAAUGAGAAUAAAGAAAGAGGGGAAACAGGUCAACUAAG